GCCCCCCCUCCUGAACAUGACCGACGGCACCUUCUCCCUGGCCGGACACCUGGGCAGGAGCCCCGGAGGGGGGAACCCGUCCAGGCUCCACAGCAUCGAGGCCAUUCUGGGAUUUACCAAAGAGGAGGACCCGCUGCUGGGCGCCUUCCAAGCCCACGAGGCCGCCGCCGGCGCCGCCAGGACGGUGGAAGAGGCCGAGAAGAGGAGCCCCCGCGACUGUUUCCCCAAAAUGCAGGCUCCGGAAGCACCAGGGCCCCAGCUGGACGACCCCACCGCCGAGCACUUCGAAGAUCCCUAUUGUCCCAAACGCUCAGAGGAGUGCCUGAGCCCAGAACUGCCCGCCUGCAACAACAGUGACGGGAAACUUUCUGAUGAAGACCAGCCCAAGAAAAAGCACCGAAGGAACCGGACAACCUUCACCACCUACCAGCUGCAUGAACUGGAGCGGGCCUUUGAGAAAUCCCACUAUCCGGACGUGUACAGUCGAGAGGAACUGGCAAUGAAAGUCAACCUACCCGAAGUGAGAGUUCAGGUGUGGUUCCAGAACCGGAGAGCCAAAUGGCGGAGGCAGGAGAAGCUGGAGGUGACUUCGAUGAAGCUGCAGGAUUCCCCCAUUCUCUCCUUUAACCGCUCCCCACAGCCCUCCACCAUCGGAACCAUCAGCAGCAACUUGCCCCUGGAGUCCUGGUUGAGCCCUCCCAUGUCCAACAGCAGCCCCCUCCAGACUUUGCCGGGCUUCGUGGCUUCCCCGCAAAGCCUCCCCAGCAGCUACACCCCACCCCCUUUCCUGAACUCUCCUUCCAUGGGCCACACCCUACAGCCCCUCGGGGCCAUGGGGCCUCCUCCACCCUACCAAUGCGGGACCAACUUUGUGGACAAAUUCCCCCUGGAAGAGGUAGACCCUCGGAAUACCAGCAUAGCUGCGUUACGGAUGAAAGCGAAGGAGCAUAUCCAGUCCAUGGGGAAACCGUGGCAAACAAUUUGA